GAACGUUCAAUUAUUUUAACAGUUGCACAAAUUUGACAAAUGUAUUGUCAAAUUACGGAACUAUAUUCAUUAAAAGUUUAAACCUGUACAAAUGCAUACAAUAUGAAGUACAUCUAAAAAUAGAUCAGAGCAUGAAUGACCUUUGAGACUGUGCUUCCAAACUUGAAACUCUCAUAUCAGCAACUGAUAAAGGUCCUCCAUUAGUGAGGUUCUCAAACAACGCAACCAUAUAUAACAAAAUAAGGCAUGUUAUCCUUCAUUUCCUGGUUUGUACCAAGUGUCCCUUCUUGGUUAACACCAGGUACUAUUCCUUUAAAUAGUGUCUUACAAGGGCUUGUUGGUGCUUGUGGAAUUUUGGUUCUUCGUAACCUUUUAAAAGUGUACUUGUUUGUUGAUGCACAGAGUACUGCAGAUGCUGAAACAGACCAUGGAAAAAAAAAUAUAUCAAAUGGUGGACUGACAGAGAAAAUUCAAUUCUGGAUCCUUACAGUGGUUCUUUCCUUUGUGGGGUCUCGUGUUGCAUCACUGGUAGUUUUAGAGUUCUCCCUUCGAGCCAUUUCAGCACGGAUCACAGGAGCAUCAGACCCAAUAAGUGACCUGUUAUUACUGCUGCUUGUGCAAUGCCAGUUCUCCUUAGGCUGUGCAUUAAGCUGCAGCCUUAAUUUCCUUCAUGAGGGGGCACCACACGGCUGGCUAAGCCUCCUUCUCGCAGCUGGACUGAGCUGGUUCUUGGCAAGCCAGUGCUGUAACCUAUGGCAACAUGUAAAGACUAUGUAUCUAAUACAUAGCACACAGUGCUACUGUGGAAUUUGCAUUGGACUCUUAACCACUGGCACAUCUAUAUUAACCUGGCUCUGCAGAGCCCUAAUUCUAACUUUUAGUGUAUCUGGAAUUGCUGCAAUAUCAAACAUAAACCAACACUUUCUAUCAACUACUGAAGCUCUGAGAUUUUGGACCCCACUUACAGUCUGCUACACUCUCCUGGUUGUGUAUAUGAAUGAGGAUCAACAUAGACAACCUAGCCAGCAGGUUCUUCUAAAUACAGUUGUUGUGCGACUGGGUGGGCUUUUUGUUUUACUGAUGACUGUGGGCAGUUGGUCAGAUGUAAUCCAUGUCCUAAUCUGCUUCAUUGGUGAAGCUACAUGCCUGUUACCAUCUCAAGACCUUUUGGAAGCCAUAUCUCAGCAUGUUACCCAUGUGCCUAAAGGCUCAUUAAAAAGGCCUGGAAACCAGACUGGACAAAAGAAAUUGAGAAAAUUCAACUGAACAUUAAUAAUAACACACUUCUUAUAAAAAGGAGAAAUGAUAAAUGGGAAUUUUUUUUACAGCAUGAGAUUCUCUACAAAGUACAAACAUUACUUACUGAGAAUACCACCCAGUCUGUAAAGGACUGUGGUUUGUAUAAGAAAUGCAUUCAAUAAUUUCAUGUAUUAAGUUGGACAUGUGUUUUCUUCUCAAAAUAAAAUCAAAUGCAUGUAUUCUUGAAAUAAACUUCCCCCUUCAUAAC